GUACGAUUUGCGGGAGAACGAAAGAAGGAAAGACGAUGAACUUAUACGACCAUAUCAAACAACUGCAUCAAGCAGAGCUUUAUGGCGAUCUAAAACAUUUGUCCUCCUUUGUGUUGUCUUUGUGUGACAACAGUGCAGAGGUGGAGGUGCUGUCACUACCACAGAAAUACCAGUGUCUUGUACAUUUUGGAGACGCCCUAUACCACACAGAAGAGUUCAAGAAAGCCGAGAGUAUAUUCAGGAAAUCAUUGCUCCUGAAAAAAGCCAUCAACAAAUCAAAAGGCAAAUGUUCAGGAUCAACUGAUGUCAUAUCUGAAGUUGAUGUCAAGUUUAAGCUGUAUCAGUGUCUGUUUCAACAAAAACAAAACACAGAAGCUCUCAAUGUGCUUGAGAGCAUCAACACCAAACAGCGGACUGCCAAGAUCAACCUGGCGCUGGCCAAACUGUACCUACGAGAUGGAAGAGAUAGAUCAGCCAUGACUUGUUACAAGGAGGUUGUCAGAGAGCAUCCCCUGGCUCUGGAAGCAGCUGUCGGGCUGCUGACGCUGGGAAUGAAAGGCGCAGAUGUUGCCUCACUCAUCAUGAACAGUCUUCCCCACGGCACCAGCUGUGAAUGGUUAUCAUCCUGGAUCAAAGGUCACGCAUAUCUGUCAUCUAAGGAGUAUUCUAAUGCAGUUCAGACAUUCAAACACAUGGAAACCAAGACAUGUUUGAAGGACAAUGUGCAGUUGUUGAACUGUGUCGGGGAGGCCAGGUUCUAUGAUGGCCAGUAUAAUCAGGCCAUGGCAGUCUUCCAGAGGGUACACGCGUUAGAUCCACUAGUCUUGAAAAACAUGGACCUCUACGCAUUCCUUCUUAAACGAGAAAAGAAAUUCAAGGAAUUACAAGGGCUGGCUCAGCAGCUGAUGUGCAUCUCUGAUGGUGCCACUGAACCGUGGGUUGCCAUGGGUUACUAUUCUCUAAUGUGCAUCACAAAGCCCAAAGAGAGGGCGGCAAGAGCUGUGUACUUUGCUCAAAAGGCGUAUCAGAUAGAUCCCAGGUCUAUACAGGCUCUCAUCCUCAAGGGUACAGCUCUGCUAGAACUAAAGAAGAUUCAGGAUGCCACACUUCACUUCCUGGAGGCUGUCCGACUCGCUCCACAUCGAUUUGAAGCUUACAAUGGUCUCAUCGAGUGUUAUCUCUCCAACAACAAAAUCAAAGAUGCUCUCAGUCUCUGUUUAAGAUCUGCAGGGCGGAUGAUACGUACACAUGGGAACAGUGCGAGAACGUUCACUCUGUAUGCAUCUGUGUUGUCAAAAGAUCCAAAUAUGAUAUCCAAGGCUAAGCCCUAUCUGGAGAAGGCGAUGAAGAUGGACCCGUCAUCUCUGGACCCUGUGUACAACAUGUGUGAGAUCCUGGCCCAGGAACAGCAGCAUGAUCGGGGCAUAGAACUUCUCCAGAAGCAGCUGGAGAGUCACUCUACCGGCCGACUACAUCAGCUGCUGGGGGACUUCCUGGCCCAGACCAACAGGAUACAGGAGGCCAUGGACCAGUACAUCAUCACCAUCACGAUGGAGCCGCUGAACGUGAAGGCUCGUGAGGGAAUCGAGCGGCUGGAGAAGGACAACGACAUGGGCCUGGAGGGAGGCUACGACGUGGAGGUGGAGAUGGGGGGAAGUGACAAUGAUGCUGACUUUGAAGGCAGUGACAUGGAGAGCACUUGGUCCGAGACUGACUUCAGUUAACAUAGGCUCAACCCUAGUCAUUUCCUCAGUGCUAGUUCUGUGUGUGGACCCUGCAGACAGGGAUGGAGAUUAACUUGAAAACCUAAAACCCCACAGGGCUCAUGUUGUUUUUUCUCUUGAUAGCUCUCCACAGGGGCGGAUCUCCCCCCAAAAUUUUCCCUGAGGAGCAUUUCCCCUUAACCUUUGGACUUGGUGAUUUGUGUGCGCAGCCCCAACCCAACCCCACAACCCCCUCCGCCCAACCCCUGCUCCGAAAUCCUAAGUGUGCCCCUGUUCCAAAAUGUUGAUGUUCUUUUAGAAAAAAAAGUCUUUCGAUUUUCAGUCCUUACAGAUUUCAAAACAUGUGCCAAAAGUUUUGCCAAAUAUCAAGCACAGUGAUUUGAUAGGGUGAAUACACUAAAUGUAUAAUUUACCUUGUAUUAAAAAUCGAAUAGACGAUGGGCUAGUCGAAUUAUAAUUUGGUUAGCCCAAGAUAAUUUCUACUAGCCAUGGUCCUAUGGGCAAGCGUUAAUUUCCAUCCCUGGAGCAUACAGGCAUAAAUGGCAAAUCAAAACAGCAUAUUGUUAGAACUUACAUCUCCGCUGCUCAAUCAGUAAUAGACAUUUAACUUGUAAAUUAUUGGGCUGUUUUUGCCUUGUCUGUUUUGUUGAUGUUUAGAUUAUAUUCAUUGCUGGUAUCACUGCAUUUAUUAUCUUGUGUGGUACUUUUUCAAUAAGCUUCGGAACCCAGAUGGUUAAACAUGCUGAGUACAGUGUGGUUAUACCGUACGUUAUUGUUGUAUAUCUGACGUCUGCUUAGGCUUUUUGUUUUGUAUAAGUUGGUUUGCGAAACUGAUCAUGACACCUUCCGAGAUUAACUACCAUUUGUAGAGGUGUGACGAUACAGAAAUUUCACAAUACGAUACGUAUUGCGAUGUCUUCGAACAAUAC